AUGGAGGAUUCACGCCAUCGUCAAGGUCCUGGACGGAGAUGCUCGCGAGCUGGCUUCUGCUCGCCCGCGACGCACGCAACUCUUCCUCACCCAUCUCUUGCCCAUCAAGGUGCAGGCACAUGGCAGACACCACCAGCGCCCAACCCUAGCCAGCGGAGCGGUGCGACACACACCGGCAUUGAUGCUGGCCGUACCUCGGAGAGGAGACGUUUGGCCUGCUCCUGGUCGACUUCCCAUGUCUGCCCGCCCCUCUGGUAA